AGAAACAUACCAGAACUAACUUGGGACCACACAGAAAGAAGACCCUCAAAACAUGCAUCAAUGUACUUUCUAUCUCUUCUGUUGUUUCUCUGACAUGAUGCCUCUAUGAAAACCACUUAUAUAGCCACCAACCAUGCUCAGUUUACACAUCCCUUUCCCCAAAACCCAUCCUGCACCCUCACAAAUGGAGUAUGAAGAUGAAGAUUGGUUAUGUGUAACUAUGGAAGAGUUUUCUCUUGCUACUGAAAAUGGUUCUAGCAAGCAAGGGAUAGGUCGGAAGAGAAACUAUGAUGAUGGCACCAGAGAGUUCAAAUCAAAGAACCUAGAAACGGAAAGAAGGAGGAGGGAGAAGCUCAGUAGCAGACUCUUGAUGCUUCGUGCUAUAGUGCCUAUCAUCACAAAUAUGAACAAAGCCACAAUUAUUGAAGAUGCUAUCACCUACAUUGAGAAGCUUCAAGACAAAGUCCAGAGUCUCAGUCAAGAGCUUCACCAAAUGGAAACAACUUCAGAGGAAACAGGAAACACAACAGAUGAAAUUGAUGCUGCACAAGAUAUGAAGGAUUUGGGAAUACAGGAAGAAGUUAGGGUGGCACAAAUAGACGGAAAUAAACUCUGGGUUAAGAUCAUCAUUCAGAAGAGAAAAGGAAGAUUCAGAAAAUUGAUGGAAGCUCUCAAUAAUUUCAGCAUUGAACUCAUAGACACCAAUCUCACAACCACAAAAGGAGCAUUUCUUAUUUCAAGCUGUAUACAGGACAGAGAUGGUGAAAAACUUGAAAUUCAACAAACCAAGGAUUUGUUGCAAGACAUUAUCAAUGGCAUAUAGGGCUAGUUUAAUUUAUUGGUUGGAACUGUU